AUGAAGGAUUUAAAAAAUAAUGAUCGCCCAAGGGGCGGAGUUGUUAUUCUUUUUGCUGGUGACUUAAGCCAAAUAUUGCCAGUUGUGUCUAAAGGCACUAAAAGUGAUGAAAUCAACGCCUAUCUAAAUUCAUCAUAUCUUUGGUCUUACAUAACCUCUUUGAGAUUAACAACUAAUAUGUGUGUACAUCUUGGUGGUGAUAAUAAUGCCGAGCUCUUCUCACAACAUCUUUUGAAAAUUGGUGACGGGACUUUUCAGAAUGAUGAGGAUAGCAUGAUACACAUAAAUUCUACAUUUGCGAUUUCGGUUCUUGAUCAAAAUAACUUAAUCAACAAAGUUUAUCCUGAAAUUUCUCAUCUUUUCAAUAAAUCCAAUGAAUGGCCCCGCGAACGUGCAAUUUUGGCCCCUAAAAACGACACCGCCAACAUCAUAAACGAAAAAGUUCUUUCCAUGUUUGAAGCUGAUAAAACACUAUAUUUCCAUAGAUACACUUACUAA